AUGCACAUAAAUGUGAGAGGAACUAGGAAAAUAAUUUCCAACGUUUCAUCCUUCACACCAAGAUAUGAAUUUCCAAAGUACAGUAUGCCUCUCACUGAUUUCAAGGGACACCAAGUCAAAGCUCUUAAAACAUUUGAAAAGUUGCUUCCUCAAAUGAAUAUGAUAAUAGAACUACGUGAUAUACGUGCCCCGUUAUCUACAAGGAAUGUGGUUUUCGAUCGAAUAGCAAGAAAGGAACACGAUGUGAUGAAAUUAGUGGUAUACACUAGAAAGGAUCUUAUGCCCGGCAAUAAGCCAUAUAUAGGAAAGUUAAAGAAUUGGCAUGAAGAGCUGGGAGAAAAGUUUAUUUUACUGGAUUGCCGAAACAAAACUGACGUCAGGAAUCUACUAAAAAUACUAGAAUGGCAAAAUUACGAACUAGAAACAAAUGGCGGAUAUCUACCUAUGGGAUACCGAGCAUUGAUUACUGGCAUGCCAAAUGUUGGAAAAUCUACUUUAAUAAAUAGCUUGAGGACAAUUUUUCACAAUCAAGUGAAUAUGGGAAGAAAAUUUAAGAAAGUAGCCAAAACUGGUGCAGAAGCUGGUGUUACUAGAGCCACAAGCGAGGUUAUUAGAGUAACUUCACGGAAUACGGAAUCAAGAAAUGAAAUAUACUUGAUAGAUACUCCAGGAAUCGGUGUUCCCGGUCGCGUUUCAGAUCAUAAUAGAAUGCUAGGACUGGCGUUGUGUGGUAGUGUUAAAAAUAACCUUGUAGAUCCAAUAUUUCAAGCGGAUUACCUUUUAUACCUAAUGAACUUGCAAAAUUUGAACGAUGGAAGAACAGAGCUUUACCCUGGAAGCACCAAUUCUCCCACAAAUGAUAUAUAUGAUGUUUUAAGAAGGCUUCAAGUGAAUAAAAGCCAAAAUGAAAAAUCAACGGCUAUCGAGUGGACUAACAAAUGGAGGUUGCAUGGAAAGGGUAUCAUAUUUGACCCUGAGGUACUGUUGAAUAAUGACGAGUUUUCUUAUAAAAACUAUGUAAAUGAUCAAUUGGAAAAGUUAGGAGAUCUUUCGUAUGAGGGAUUGUCUAACAAACUAAAAGGGAACCCCAAUCAAGUAUUCUAG